AUGGAGCGCUAUGACAGCUGCCAAGAAUGGUGCAGCAGUAAACAAUACUGGAUUGAGCUUGGACCCACCGACUUACUGGAGCGUAAAGGCUCCCUGACCCUCCGUUCCCACCACAAGAAAUACUCGAAGCCUGUGUUGGUGUCUUCCUGGCAUCAUGACAGAGAAGCUUAUCCCAAAGAUUAUGACAUAGAGGGUCCUGAGAAAGUAAAAAGACUGUGCAGUUCAACAUAUUGGAGACUUGGAACUGAGGAACCCCCAAUUUGGAUAUCAGAAUCACAUGAACAGAUGUCACAAAUUUAUUUAAACAAAGAAUUGGCUAAAAGAAAGAGCAAAGCUUUACUGAAUGAGGAGACAAUGAGCUCUGGGAUUGUUCAAAGGGACACUGGAUUGCCUGCAACAGGCUUUGGAGCCAUCUUUACUAGACACCCACCAGAUCAAGGCAAAAUGUGUGCAUUGACAACAUAUGCUGAAGACUAUGCUCCACCAUAUGAUUAUCAACCACAUGAUUAUCCUUGUCAAGAUGAUUAUUCAAUAGUCCACAGAAAAUGCUGUUCUCAGUUCACAGAUCUAAAUGGUUCCAAAAGAUUUGGUAUCAACACUUGGCAUGAUGAGAGUGGGAUUUAUGCUAAUUCAUAUGAAAAACAAAAACUCUACCCAUUAACUGGUGGUCCCAUUGUCCCCUUUUUAAAAUAAUUAAAGGAGUCAGAUACUCUAAUGAAGGAAUAAUGGAUGUAACAAUUGACAAUGUUUGUCUUAAUAACUGCAGUAUGGAAAUACUACUUUGGA